CUUACAUCUUUUCAACUUUGUCGACCAUUUUACUAGAGAGCAGAAAGUUCAACCAUUAAGACAUACACUGCAACAUAAAAUAACUUUUUUCAAAGACGUCCUCACUUGGCUAGACUAUGAGUGUAAACAUUGUGUGAUUGGACAGGGCUCUCCUCCAGAAAGGUGAUUGGUCGGCCACCCAGUUACCAUGGCAGCGGAAGUUGUUUACCCCAGGUGCGUUUAGUACAACUCUGCAGGCGCAGUGCAUUAUUGUCUCUAUGUGGAAAAUGUAUGGCCAUGGGAUAUUCAAUUGGUGGGGGUUUUCACCUGCAUCUGAUCUUAUUAGUUAUUCUAACCUUACAGACGACCGCAAAGAAUAUCAGCUGCUACUGGUAGGGACUGGAGAUCACCGGCAUUUGCUUAGCAUGAUAGCGAAGAGGAAAAACGGGACUAAUCUAAAGAUAUUUAUCAUCGAGGCUCAUGUAGAACUGUAUGCAAGGAUAAUACUAUUGCUUGGAGUAUGUUUACGGAGAGGACUGGGCCUUCAAGAGAGAGCCACUCUACUCCUCGACCUCUGGGGAAAUUUGAAUCUGCGACCUGUAUCGAAAGAUUACCUUCACAGCGUUGCUCGAGAGUACGCAAGGAACGUAACAGAUGCCUCCCAGUUUGAUCGCCUGGUGGGCAUAGUUGCAGCAUCUAAGCUUAAAUACAAAGAAAGAGACGCUAUGGACGACGUUUUCAAGAGUUGGUACAAGCUCCAAUCAUCGGAAUAUGACUCAGCACUUGCAUGGGAUGCCCGUUUAAGGCAAUUCCUAAAGAAUCGUUACGACAACAGAAGAGGUGACGCGGACUGGGCCUGGCACAUGAGACUAUCUUUUCGCCUGGACAGUUUUUGCCCUUCAUCAACGGCGGAGAAGAAAACGUCGAGCAACAACAAAGAAUUCAUUGAAGCGCCAGAGAAUCGAGAUAGAUACGUAGGCAUCUGUACUGGAUGGGGAAAUGAGUUUCUGGCAUGGAGGCAUACAGGUCACGCUUUUGAUCUGGCCGUGCAAACAAAGUCUAGUGAGCCAAACACUUCUCUAGCAUCAGUGGCUGUCUUCUCUGUGGGUCUGCAAAAGCACAGAAGGGUUGGUUAUUGGGGAGACAUUUUGUCAGGACCGUUUCCCGCUACUGCUCUUGCAGCGACCAACAUCGAACUCGCCAAACUUCAGAACGGGAGAAGUAAAUAUAGUGGAACUGAAGUUGCCCAAAAGAACACCGAAUACUUUUUGGAAUUAUUAUGGAAAAACUGUCGUGUUCAGGACACUGUAAAAGCAACUAAAAAAAGUUUUUCAUUAGAAUGCAACAUUCCGAUGAAGGCAAAUGGAAAACAAGUGAAUGAAAAUUCGUGCACAAAAGAAGAAACUGGGCACAGGGAUAAGAGGCACAUAGCAGAAAUCAUGCACACUGGAGCGAGUGACGCACAGCAUAUGCAGAUAGAAGCCUGUCUGACAGACACAGUAAAUUUAGAGACUGAUGAAACGGAAGAAACCAAACGUGAUUUUGAAGGAGGCACGAUGAAAGCAGAAAAUAACGACGGUCGGGAAAAGCAAGAAAGCUUCGAUCAAAAUAUUGAUGGAUUCCAGGAAAACCAGAGAACAGAAGGAAAGAAAGACUUCAAGAUCAACGAAGAAGCCUCAGCGCUGAACAAAGACUCGAAACCAACAUCGGACCUUUAUAUCAGCCUUGAAGGAGUGCAAAUCAUUCUUCUGUCUCCAACCAGAAUGAACGAUCUCCGCAAUUUACCAGAGAUAAAUGGUUAUCUAGACAUCGUGUACCUUUCGGCAGCCACAGCACAUCUCCUGAACUCAACUCUUGCUGCAAGUAACAUCUCUGCAUAUACAACAAUUCUGGUUGAGUCGGCUAGAAUGAUGCCUGAACUGACUGAUGAUCAAGUAACUGAGUAUGAGACUCAAAUUACCAAGCUAGCAAAACAGGUGGAUGGUCCCCAAGGAGUCCUGCACCCAUCUGCCAUUUGCGAUUUUGCAAAGAAGAAAAUUCAAAUUAAUGUUUCCUUUCUCCUCUAAUAUAAUUAUAUUUCCUGUUUCAUUUAAAGUACUUCCUUGUCAACAACUCAUAUGUCCUCAAAUAACA